UUUUUGCAAUUCAUUCAGAUCAGCUGAGAGAAAAAUCAAAAGAGCUAUCGGGGGGUCCACUCAGUUACUUUACUGCAGUUCGCGACAAAGCAAAGUAGAAAUUGGAGAUCGUGUUUAUUAUUCUGAAGGGUGGAUUGUUGAAGCAGUCCAGCACCGUCGGAUUGAACUCGGCUGCCCUAGAAACUGCGAUUUCUCAACUAAUGCAAGCUAUUUGAUUGUCCUUUCUCAAGAAUGGCAGAGUCUCUGCGGAAUGUCAAACAUGUAAUACUGGUGUUGUCCGGCAAAGGGGGUGUUGGAAAAAGCACCCUCUCUGCCCAGCUGGCCUUAGCAUUGGUCAAGUCUGGCCUAAAGGUUGGCCUGCUGGACAUUGAUCUGUGUGGUCCGAGUAUCCCCAAGAUGUUCGGUGUGGACGGACAGAACAUUCAUCAGUGCCCAGAAGGAUGGGUACCAGUCUUUACAGAUCAGAGCCAACAACUGGCACUGAUGUCCAUCGGGUUCUUGCUCACUCGGCCGGAGGAGGCGGUGGUGUGGCGGGGUCCAAAGAAAAAUGCUAUGGUGAAGCAGUUUGUGACGGAUGUGUAUUGGGGAGAACGAGAUGUUCUCAUCAUCGAUACCCCACCAGGUACCAGCGAUGAGCAUAUCACAGUGGUGGAAGCGCUGCGGGAAUUCCAUCCAGACGGGGCCGUUCUUGUCACAACAUCUCAGGCGGUUGCUGUGGCUGAUGUACGCCGCGAGUUAUCUUUCUGCCGCAAGACUGGUCUGAACGUUCUGGGUCUGGUUGAGAACAUGAGUGGAUUCGUAUGCCCCACGUGUUCGGAAUGUACGAACAUAUUCUCCCAGGGUGGUGGCGAGUCGUUUGCUGAGCAAAGCGGGAUCCCUUUCUUAGGUCGAGUGCCCCUUGAUCCUUCUCUGACAGCCAGCUUGGAGAGUGGCUCAUCCUUUGCCGAGAAAUUUCCUGGCUCGCCAACAUUUGCAGCAGUGCAAGAGAUAGCUGCCCGUCUAUUGCCUGCGACGACAACAGCAUCUAGUAAUGAGAGCAAGCCUGCAUAGCCCUGAGUGCAUGGUGAGGUGGGUGCGCUGGUUUCAGUAACAGAAUGUAUGUGCGCGUGUGUUGAAAUCCUACCAGGACUGAGUUGGUCUUGGGUCGGUAAAACACGUGCAGUUUGUUCCGUAUCGUGUUAUCGAUGGGUUGAUGAUGAUUGUGCUGGCGUACACAUCACUAUGGCCACAUUCAUCACUGCUAAACACACAGUCACAGGAAACGCAGAUGAGAGGGCCAUUUCUGCUUGCUGUGGCUGUGGAAAUGAUGAGAACGGCGUGGAUUACCCUCGAUAACACAAUCUCAGCGACUGGAACCUUGCUUGCUAGAGUUCCCACAACCAUGGAUUGUGUUAACGGAUACUGGCGACGCGACAUCCAGCCAUGGUGCCUUCCCGGCCUGGUGUUUGACUCUGCUUCAAUGGUUACUGCUGUGUGCAUCUGUGGCUGUUGGCUUAUCCAGCACCAUACAUAUGUAAGUCUAUUGUGGAGAGAGAGAGAGAGAGAGAGAGAGAGAGAGAGAGAGAGAGAGAGAGAGAGAGAGAGAGAGAGAGAGAGAGAUGGAGAGAGAGGCCUGUGGGGGUGUUUUGACAGCCAUCAGCGAGCGGCUCGUCUCUCUAUCCUCAGAGCUUUUCCAAGCCGCUCUUCUUGUGUUGAUGCCUUCCAUCAUCAUCAUGUCAUGUGACAUCUUAAUGUUAUCAUCUUCACCUCUCUACUGCCAGUGAUUGCUGCUGCUGCUGCUUGAUCUGUGUUGUGACUUGACCACCAGCAACAGCAAUAACAACACACUACUUGUAGUUUAGUUUGACACCUGACACACUCUCAGCUGGAGCAGAAUUGGUUUUCAGAGCCACUGGCAAUGCGUGCUUGAUUUCUGACAACACAGAUUUGGCACUGCUCUUCACACUUCAUUAUCUCCUUUAGUGUUGUUAUCUGAUCCACGACUGGCUCAAAACUUGAUGUAACUUGAUACCUAGGCAGUAGGUGAUAAAAUAGUUCUUGUGGAAUUCCCAUUGAGUUGGGUUUCCUGUUGGUCUCUGGGGACUCCUGGUGAUGUUUGUGAUUGUCAUGAUCCUACUGACUGUAACUGUA